AAGUUAAAAAAACCACCUGGCGUUCUCGCAGGGCGGGAAUCCUGACUUUCGCAGUUCCCGCAGGGUGGUCGUCCAAACCUCCGUCGAUUCUCCCUGGCUGCCGCUUCCUCUGACUCCGAGUCUCCGACGGCGGCUCCUGUAAUUCCUCUAGCGUUUUCCGUCCGCCGUCACUCCGGCCGGGAUUCAGGCGUCAGGUAUCUCACUAUUUCUCAAUUGUAGGUUGUCGGUUGUCCUGUUGAAAAUCUUGAACUGAUGCCAUCUCCUAAAUAGGAACCUGAUGGCGCCUUAGGGGAAAGAGAGUUGGAGGCUACUACGGUACCACCCUUGUGCAGAAAUGUUCUGCAAGAGUGCAUCUCAGUUGCUGAAGGAACUAGCAUACAAUGACAAUGAUCAGCUAACACCAUUCAAUAAUGAUAUCUUUGAACAAGUUUUCAGAGAAUGUGAUGAGCACCACUUGCAUCUUCAGUCUUUGAUGAGGAAAAUUCAGGAUGAUGGAUUAGACAUACAAACAACUAGAAAUUCUGAUCAUUUCGGUGCUGUAAUUCACCACCUUUCCCUGAUAAGAAACAAGCGUUGUCUUAUGGCCUACAUGUACAACCGGGCAGAAAUAAUACGGAGCCUGAGAUGGAAAAUUGGGACUAUACUUCCCGAAGAGAUUCAAUCAAAGCUUAACUACUCAGACGAGGAGUAUUUCAAGAAUCACUGUGCUGCUUUGGAGGUUUAUAUGUCAGAAAUAGAUCUGGAUUUGACAGUGGACAUGAUCCCACCUAAGGAUCCAUCGAUACAGGUCCGUGUCCGUUGUGAUAUUGGUGAUGUCUUGCUUGGUGACCAGGUAGCAUCACUGACUAACAACUCGGUGCAUUUGAUGAAGCGUACAGAUGCCGAACAAUUUAUUUCCCAGUUUCAGGGGCUGAUGGAAGAGUUCACUUAAAACAUGAGCGAGACUUUGCUUGACGCAUAAUUGGCUUUCCUUUUAGCAUUUAAAUGUGGAUAGCCCAGCUGUCUUAUAUAAGAGCUUUACUAGAAUAUCACUAAGGCCUACUUUUAUGGCUGGAAAUGAUUUUAUUCACGCUGUGGAAAUCCUAGAUUAUUUAUUCGGGCUGGUAUGUAUGAGUAUUUGUCCAAGGGGGUGCUAUGUAUCGUUGUUUGCUUACCUGGAUAACAUUAUGCAGAGCCUCUUUUAUUGUUUCA